UUCCCGGCGCCGGAAUUUCCGGCCGGCACCGCCAUUUUGACUUCCCGACCUUGGGCUAUUGUUGGCAACUGUCGUCAUUCCGUGUGGUCAUGUCUUUGUCGACGGCGCAGCUGCUCAGGGGCCUGGCAGGUCUCACCCGGAGGCUCCCGGUGCAGCGUGCCCAGAUCCAUUCCAAGCCUCCGCGGGAGGAGCUCGGGACCAUGGAUGUUGCCGUUGGGCUCACCUCCUGCUUCCUGUGUUUCCUCCUGCCAUCGGGCUGGGUCCUGUCGCAUCUGGAGAGCUACAAGAAGCGGGAGUGAAGGGGGCUGUCCUGUCCCUCACCCUGUGACCUGACCACCCCUGGCCUCUCCUGAUCAUGUCUGCUGCAUCCCUGGCUGGUCUUCCCGGGAAUCAUGUCCUUCAAUUACAGUGACCUCUUCUGCAGUCAUGACCUCUCCAUUUCUCCAUGGUGACAUCCUGGGACCACAUAUAUUGGUUUAUAAGGCCCUACUCUGUAGGGCCCUCCUUGUAACAAUAAAGUCUAUUUAAACCUUGC